UGACGUCCCUGCCGCGCCAUCUUUAGAAAACAGUGAGCCCAACACUGAAUGAAACUUAAUUUUCGUCGUUUGCGAGAGCUGCCUGCUGUAUGGAGUGAUAUCCUUGUGUUUCCAGGUGUUUGAUCAGUGAAAGUGAUCAUGGGGAUCAAGACUCCGCGCACUCGGUGCUUUCUUGACAUUGGCAUCAGUAAUGUGCUCGUCGGCAGAGUUGUGGUUGAAUUGUUUUCAGACAUCUGUCCCAAAACAUGUGAAAACUUCAGAUGCCUCUGCACAGGUGAAAAAGGCAUUGGUAAAGGAACUAUGAAACCUCUGCACUACAAAGGAUGUCUGUUCCAUCGCGUUGUGAAAGACUUCAUGAUUCAAGGAGGAGACUUCAGCGAAGGUAAUGGAAGAGGAGGAGAAUCCAUCUAUGGAGGCUUUUUUGAAGAUGAGAGCUUCGCCAUUAAACACAACAAGGAAUACCUGCUGUCUAUGGCCAAUCGGGGCAAAGAUACAAAUGGAUCACAGUUUUUCAUAACAACAAAACCUUCCCCACAUUUGGAUGGUGUCCAUGUGGUUUUUGGUCAUGUGAUUUCUGGCCAAGAAGUUGUUCAAGCCAUGGAGAACCAGAAAACAGAUCCUAAUAGCAGACCGUAUGCUGACGUCAAAGUUUUGAACUGUGGAGAGCUUGUCCCUAAAUCUAAAGCAAAGAAAGAUGAAAAAAAGAAAGACCGAGCCUCACCCAGUUCCAGCAGCAGCUCCAGCGACUCCAAGAGCUCAUCAGACUCCUCUGACUCUGAAGAAUCAGAGAAGGAAUCUAAGAAGAAGAAAAAGAAGGCGAAAAAGCUAAAAAAGAAACAGAAGAAGAAGGAGAAGAAAAAGUCAGAGGCUGAAAGUGCUGAGGAGAAAGAACAAGAAGAGCUGGUUACAUCUACUGUACGUCCUGAAGAAAUUCCACCCAUCCCAGAGAAUCGAUUCCUCAUGAGGAGGAGUCCGCAGGUGGGCCAGAAGCCAAAAGAAGAAGGUGAAAAAAAUCCGUCAAAUAAGGAGGAAAGGCCACGAGAGAGCACUGGCAUAUCAUAUAAUUCUCAGUCAUCAUAUCACAGAAGACUGGUGAUGACACGAUCUGGGAGAAAGAUUAAAGGCAGGGGUCCAAGGCGCUAUCGGACUCCGUCACGCUCUCGUUCAAGGUCCAGAGAUCGUUUUCGUCGCAGUGAAACUCCUCCUCACUGGCGUCAGGAGAUACACCGUCAGAGGAUGAGGGCAGUCACCGGAGAGCGGUGGAUAAAGGGUGACAAAGGCGACAUGAAUGAUGCCAAGGAUGAGGCAGCUAAAGCUCCAAGAAGAGAGAGACGGACCUCCGACACAAAGCAGGACCACACAGCUGAGGGUAAAAAAGACAAGAAAACUCGGUCACACAGAUCCAAAAGCAAAGAAGAGGACACUGCUGAGAAGGAUGACAAGCAUAGCAAACACAAGGCUAAGAAAAGAGAUAAAUCUCGAAGCCGCAGUAAAAGCAGAGAAAAGAGUAGGAGGUCAAAAAGCAGAGAGAAGGCUCACAAGCACAAAAGUGAUGAUAGAAGAGGUCGCUCAAGGAGCAAGGACCGAAAUGCUAAUAAGAAAGAGAGGGAGUCAGAGUCUAAUCACAGUAAAGAUAGAAAUAAGGGCCAUGAGUCUGAUAAAAAGCAUAAAGAGGAUACCAAAGGAAGGAAUGGUGAGAGAACUAGGACAAAGUCACGAAGCAAGGAAAGACCAACUACAAAAGAUGGGCACAGAUCAAGUAGCAGGAACAAGGAUAGGAGCGGACCUGUGGUGUCCAAAGACAAAGAAGAAAAACGAGAAAAAGACAAAGAGAGGGGCAGAGAACGUAGCAGGAGUCAGGACAGACGACACAACAGUGAAAGGGAUAAUAAGAAGCGAGGAACAUCCAGGGAUAAAGAACGUCGAACAAGAAGUCCAGACAGAAAGAAGCCUAGAGACUCUGGCAGAGGCAGGCGCUCCAGAAGCAGGAGUAAUAAGAGGGACCACAGCAAAGAUCGGUCCUCUCAUAGGAAGGACAAAGACAGAGAAUCUGACAACCACAGGAGAAGACAUAGCAGCAGUUCUGAGAGCGAUAGAGAUGCGAAAAGGAAGACUCAAAAGAGUUCAGAGUCCAAACGAAGAGAAUCAAAUAGUACCUCCAGAUCCAAAGACAGAAGAAGCCCGGCCAAACCAAGACCAGAUAGUACAAAGGGCAAAGACAGAAAUGACAGCAAGAGGAAAAAAUCUAGCUCUAGCUCAGGCUCUGACAGUGACUGAUGAUAUUCUUAGGGAAUAGAUUGGGAGUUUUGAAGUCUACCCCUAUUUUAUACCCAUGACACGUGUAGUAUGCAGCAUCAGCUUUCCAUCUAGAGGGGGAUGCGUUCACUUUCCUCAUUCAGUAUAGAAAAACCUACUCCACAGUUCAGCCAAAGAGAGCAUGAGUGUACAAAAGUCUGUCCAAACUAAUUUCUUAAACUGUUAAAGGGAUAAAUAGAUACUCCAACUUCAUUACAAUACUCUGAAAAAUACUGAUAAUUGAUACCUUAGGUAUCAUAGGUACCAUAGAGAAAAAAUAAAUUGAGGGCAUAAAAUUUUAAAUUAUGUAUUAAAAGAAAAAUAUAACAAGGCAUAACAUAACUUAUCCUUUCUUGGUUAGCAGCAGAGAACAUCAGAAUGACUGUAGUAAACAAGUGCAGCUGUUACCAGUGUGUCGAUGCUGCGGAUAAGGACUAAUGACAGUUUCAAAUACAUGUUUUUUGAGAACAGUACAUUUGAUCGCCCCCAGUUUUGAAGAAGCAGGCAGGAAGACCACCACAGAAGCUAAGCAAUGUGGAUGGGAUGCACCAAAAAAGUAUUUCUGCCACCAAAAAAGUGGAUCUAAUUUUAAAUGUACGCUACAUUUAAUUUUCACUGCUUUACCUUUCUGUCAGGCAGUUAUAUCCAUCUAUGCUUUCUUCAAAGACACCAGACUCCUUUACAAAAACACUAAUUUACUCCCAGAACAAGAGAACUGAUGGCCUACAGUCUAAUCCUUUAAAACAUCAAAGUGAUUUGGGGUGUUUUAAAGGGUUAGUUCAGGUUUACCAGUAUCACAGUAACACAAACUAACCAAUCAAGGCAACAGUUGACCAGCAACUCCCAUGUUCUGUGAGGUAAAAUUACUUCUUACUUGGAGUUCCCCAUUGGAAAUGGCUGUCAGACAGAAAGGUAAAGCUAUGGAAAUAUUCUAAAUCUAGUUUACAAGGUGGCUAAAAUAUGUUUUGCUGCUGCCCAGCCUCAGUGUAUUACUUAACUUCUGUGGCUGUACUGCUGCCUGCUUCUCCAAACUGGUGGCGUGCCAACUGACAUCCACUGUAGGUAGUACACCUACUAUGGAAAGUACCUCAUCCAAACUAUCCCUUGAUGAACUGUGAAUACCGCUCAGACUUGCCAUGGCAGACUGUUAUGUGAGCUUUGGCUGAACUCUCGACUAAAUUUUGGCACUGAAUGGAAGUUCUGGAUUUGACCCUCAUUAAGUGCGUCACACUGCUGAUGGGUAGCUGAAGCUGCACGGCCAGUUUAGAGGACACUGAAAAAUAAAGUCAUCUACUGUUGGUACUGCAUCAGCAGUGAGUACCAGGUGUUCUUUUAAUUGUACAUGACCAGAGGAGGUCUUUUUGAAGGCUGUUUUUUUAUUUUGAAUUCUUUGGUAAAUUAUAUUUUGACUUUACAGUAGUUGAUAUUUCAACCUGAUUUUACUGUAACAGAGGGGACAUUUUCUCCUGAAAUCUGUUUAAGUUUGGCAAAUGACAUUUACUUGUCAAGUUAUUUUUACUACAACAAUCAAUCUGGAAGACAAAACCUUCAUUUCUUGCAUGCUUAUCCCCAUCAUUGUUACAUUAUGUACAUCAAUGACCUUUCUUUUGUACAUCCACGCCCUUGUACUGUAAUCCUAUUUGUUAACCAGUUUUGAGAUACCUCUGGUUUGUUUUUUGUUUUUGUUUUUUUGAAUGGAAAAAAAAUGUCAUGCUGUAAGUACAACAUAAAAUCAGUUUCUAUAAGUUUUGUUUUGUGCAAGUUGAUUUUAAGAACUCGACUGCCAUGUAGAACGAUUAAAAGGUUUCACUUUGAUUUUAA